AUGCUGGUCAGCUUCGAUGUUGUACCUCUAUUCACAAAUGUACCCGUGGACGAAUCCAUAGAAUCAGUGGCGGAGCUAUUUGAAGAGAGCACAACAAAUCUGUUCAAGGCUUUUCUAAAGGGCAGCUGCUUCCUGUGGAAUGGAGAUUACUACGAACAAAAGGAACGACUAGCCAUAGGAAGCCCACUCAGUCCGGUGGUGGCGAAUCUAUUCAUGGAGAAGUUUGAGAAAACAGCGUUGAGCACCGCACCCCUUAAACCAACGAUCUGGUACCGAUAUGUCGAUGACACGUUCGUGCUAUGGAGGCAUGGACGCAAAAACCUGGACAUCUUCCUCGACCAUCUAAACAAACAGCACUCAGACAUCCAAUUCACCAUGGAAGUUGAACAAAACCACCAACUGGCCUUCCUGGAUGUUUUGGUGUCUAGGCCGGGGAGUCGUUUGGACCACAAAGUAUAUCGAAAAGCCACCCACACGGCCAGAUAUCUUCACAAGCUAUCUAACCACCAUCCAAGUCAAAAGCAGGGAAUCAUUAAGACUCUCAGGGAUAGAGCCAGAAAGAUAUGUGAACCACAACAUCUAACCACAGAACUACAGCACUUGGAAAAAGCUUUUUUCCGAACAGAUGUUCCCAGUUGGACAUCAAAAAAGCUGGUUACGGACAGAUUUGGGAGGCUCAUAAGGAAACACAACAUAAGAACAGUCUACAAGCCCACAACAAAGAUCCGAGAAUGUUUAGGAAUAGAAGAACACCGACAGAAUUGUAAACUGGGACAUGUGGAAAAGUCGGCAGUGACGGAAGACGUCCUCAGCGACGGAACACACAACAUCUAUUUCGGAGAGGCACAGGUCCUGGCCACAAUAACAGGGUAUCGCCCCCGACUGAUACGAGAAGCCAUUGAAAUCCACAAACACGACGACAAUUUCAACAGAAAUGAAGAGACAGUGGUGCUAAACAAGAUACGGUUUUCAGCACUCACCAACGAAAAAACAGCAAGAAAAAGCCACAGCUCGGGACAGGAGAGAGGAUCCAGUACACCGGAGGAUAUAACCACGUCAUCGCAACCGUCCCCCAUCGAGGCGCCUCCCCAGGUGGUGGAUAGGGAAAUGCCUCCCAGAUAUGGGUGUACCGGGGAAAUGAAACACCCGGAGCGGACGAAAACUAGCACUGAACCGCGGCAGCUGGCGGUAUCAGUACUGACCACAAGCAGGGAUUAA